AGUGCGCAUGCGCGGGCCGCCGUCCCUGGUGAAGUGAGAGGCGGACCGGGGCGGCCAAGCAGGGCUCGGAGCAGGAUCAGGAUGGACGAGGACGUGCUGACCACCCUGAAGAUCCUCAUCAUCGGCGAGAGCGGAGUCGGCAAGUCCAGGUGUGACCCCAGUUAAGGCAUUUGCAGUUGCUGUUCUCGAAGUCAAGAACGGUCCGUUGUCAUUUCACGUGGGUCAACCCAAUACGUGUGUUGAAUGGAGCUAAGGUGUCCUAGCGUUGUCUGGAAGGUUAACCAGAGCCUGCUGUUGAGGUUCACAGAUGAUACUUUUGAUCCAGAGCUCGCAGCAACUAUAGGUGUCGACUUUAAGGUGAAAACAAUUUCAGUGGAUGGAAAUAAGGCUAAACUUGCAAUAUGGGAUACUGCUGGUCAAGAGAGGUUUAGAACUCUAACUCCAAGUUAUUACAGAGGUGCACAGGGUGUUAUUUUAGUUUAUGAUGUCACGAGAAGGGACACCUUUGUUAAACUGGAUAAUUGGUUAAAUGAAUUGGAAACAUACUGUACGAGAAAUGACAUAGUAAACAUGCUAGUUGGAAAUAAAAUUGAUAAGGAAAAUCGUGAAGUCGACAGAAAUGAAGGCCUGAAGUUUGCACGGAAGCAUUCCAUGUUAUUUAUAGAGGCAAGUGCAAAAACGUGUGAUGGUGUCCAGUGUGCCUUUGAGGAGCUUGUCGAAAAGAUCAUUCAGACACCCGGACUGUGGGAGAGCGAGACCCAGAACAAAGGAGUGAAACUGUCGCACAGGGAAGAAGGCCACGGGGCAGGCGCCUGCAGUGGUUACUGCUCUGUGCUGUGAACUCUGGGAAGUUCCAUCUCUUGCCUAGUUCACCAGAUAGUGGCAUCGUUCUGCAUAAAUAUUCUUUAACUGCUAUUUGGGGGACCUUGCAGUUUGCACAUAAUUGUUUUGUAUCAUGGCAGUAAAUAAUUGCAAGACAUCCCACUCAUCAGCUUUCCCAGGUAGAAUGCUAUGGUAAGCAUGCACAGUUUGCAGUCUUCAGUUUUUUAUGUAACAUAAAACAGGUGUACCUUUAUCAGUGCAUUUGAUUUUAUGACUUACAUUUAUCAUGUAAUUUUUAAAAGUCCAUCUCUAGUAUGUGUUGAUACAAGGUCCACUUUUGGUUUCCUUCUUUGUGCUUAAAUAUUUCUUUAAAUUACUGGAUCAUUUGGUAUGUAGAACCCCAGAACCCCAGGGAGGUUCACAGGCAUCAUCAGACCUGCCAAAGUUCCUUUCAGGAAUGACAGCGAGCAUGAUUUCACAGCUUUUCUAGGGUGUUUGAGAGUCUCUGCUAGCACUAAGCAAAACCCACACUACAGAAUGUAGCCCAGGCCAAUUUAGUCUUUAAUCUAUUUGUCUUGAUGAUGCUUCUAAAAUAGUCUUGAUACACUAAAGAAGUUUGGCAUUACUUUGUGAUUUCCUUCAGUGAUUAGCGCAGUUGCUUACCUGGGGUUUUAAUCUUGUGGUGUGUCUGUUGGACUCACGGUCCUGUGCCCAGCAUCUAGAGUUAGCGUGGUACUUUGCAGAACCGCAGUAAGGUUUCCCGCAUCUUGGUUUCAGAAGGACACGUAUAGUGUGUUUAUUGUAACUCCUGUCAUAAUUGCCGCUUUUAGAACCAGCUUUUUUUUUUUUUUUCCCAUCAUAAAUGUUGACAGUGUUUGUCCAGGUUCCUCUGUUGUAGCUCGUGUAAUGUUGGUGAAUAUCCAUGUCUUCUGGCAUCUAUAAAUGGAGUUGAUAUUCAAAACCUGUUUCUCUGUUUUGAGGGGUAGGGACAAAAACACUAAAUGACAAUUUGAGAAAGGCAUUUUACUUCCAGAUUCUGAUGUGUGUGGGAAAACACUGUUGCAAGAAAACCUUGGUAAUUUAUUGUCACAAGCAAUCAGUAGUUUAUCAAAAACCAACUUGUACAGACUAAUAAAUCUUUUCCACAGUAUUCAGUUUUCUAACCUCUUGCAAUUGUACAUUGUAUAUUUUUUCACUCAUAUGUUAUUUAAUUUACUUGAUCUUUGCUAUUUUAAGCCCCUAAAUAAGUAAUUUGUCAUUAUAAUACCCCUCGUAAGAGUCCAGUAUUCCUUUCUGGGCAGUUUGUUCUCUAUAUACAAUCGCAAAUGAUAAAUGUUUUGUGAGUGACCUUUGCAAUGUGUGUGUAAAUAGAUUUACUUCCAGUUGGGUUCUUUCUGAGAUACAUCUCCCCACAUAUGAAAUCUUCAACUUGGUUUACACCUGUUAUUCAACAUUACAUGCGGUUAAAGGUUUAUACAUUCUGUAUGUUUUUACUAAAUAAACAACAUUUACUACCAUAAUGUUGAAGAAAAGUAGCUAACACAUGUGCUUACAAUUUGUUCAUGUUCCAUUAAAACUUUAAAUUUGUGUGUUUA